AUGCCACGUAGAAUAGCUGGAUGGUUUAGGUUUGAAAUUAUUCCAAAAAAUAAAAUUUCUAUUUUUUCAAAUAUAAAUUCCAAAAAUCCAAAAUUAUUCUUUAAAUGUUGUUCAUUCAUUUUUCUGCCUAUUUUUUACAAGUAUAUUUCUAAGAUCUUCGAUAAUAAUAAUAAUACACGAGACAACUUAAUCCAAUACUUACUACAAACUCAAUAAUUAGUACAUUUUUUGCUGAUUUUCUCACUUUUCUCCUUUUUAAGCAAAUAUUCACACGAAUUUGUACGCGCCUCGUCUUGCCUCGAAAUUUCUCCCCUUCUUCGUCUUUUUUCUUUCAAACAUUGUAAUUAAAAGUCUAAUUAUACCCGAACGUCUAAUUCAACACGAAAAAACUCAAACCGGGCAGCAAAAAGAGCCGAGUCAAGCCGAUCGGCUCGUUUCUUAUUCUAUCUGUCUGUAAUAUAACAAUUCAAUUCAAUUAUUUCAUAUCUAUACAUAAAUAAAACAGAAAAAUAAUUUUUCUUUAUUUUUGUCACUUGGCGUCGCUUUGUUAUUAGUUAUUCCAAUACUACCUAAUUUGAUUUUUAAUUCGAUUUCUAAAUUUAUUAAUUUUCUCCAGCUUUUUCUCAACAGCUUUUGUCCCCCCAACUUUUUCCUGUUUUCCUUUUUUUUGGGAGGGAAAUUUUGAAAAAAAAUUUUUUAGGAAAGAACUCAUCAAGGAAAACAAGAAAUUAGUAGUAUUAUCAUCUCGAUCUACUUAGAUAUUUAAUUCGGAUAAUUUUUCUAAUCUCUAUUUUUUCUAGUCAUUCAAAUUUUCAUUUUGUCUUCUUCUUUCUCUGGAAAAAAACAUAACGUCGGCAAAAAGAUGUAUAUUAAAAUAAUUAAUAAAUUUAAUGGAAAUUUUAAUCCGCUUCUUCUUCUUCUUCUCCAUUUUUUUGUCGUUGUUUUCUUAUAUUUGUGCGGGAUAUAUUGAAAUAUUAUUUUACUCUUAAAUUAAUAUAUUAUGUCAACACAAUUAUUUUUUAUUUUCAGCCGGUUUUUCUGCUAUUCAUUAAAUUAAAGUAAAGCUAUAGUUUUGAGAGAUUUCGAAAUGGUUUUUAUUUCCAAAUUAAAGCUUUUUGUGAAGAUCUCAACUCUUAUCAAAGAGAUUUUGCUGUAAUAGUAAUGCUUGCUUUUUUGAUUGAUAAAAUAUCAAAAGCUUUUUGGAAACAAUCAUUAUUUUCAAUUUUCAAUUUGAUCUCUUAAAAAUAUAGAGAUAAUCGAAAUCAUAUCCCUAUUUUUGCCAAGUAGACGACCCCUCCGUUUUCCUAGUUCUCAAGUAGCCACGCCUAGAGAGCCUAAUUGCCUAGGAUCCACAUCUAGAGAUCCACGCUGGCAAGGAUCAGCGCCUAGAGCAUAUUAGUCAAGAAGAUCAACCUAGAAACCAAUUUUGAACUCUAAAAAUUAUAAUUUUGGGGCUUCCUCGAAGAAUUCAGCAACGAGUCGAAUGUUUUUCUUAAUCCUUAAUUUUCAACAACAAAAAAUAUUGGAACAAUAUUUAGUCUACAAUAAAAGUCAGAAAAAAUUCCGAGAAAACACUGAACCUUAGUUUUUUAAGGUUUCAUAUUUUCAAGACGGACCAUUUUAUUUUCAGCAGUUACAGCGCAGUAUUUCGAAGGUCUUCCGGGUUACUGUAGUUCAAAAAACUUUUUUUUCGGAAUCUUAUAUUUUUUCUCUCCACAAUUCUUAAAAUAUUUGAUUGACGUGUCUCAAAUCUAUAGUUGAAUUAGCUGACUCUUACUUUUUUGCCCCCAAAUAAUAAUUCAAUUUUAUUCUUACUUAUAUAAAGAUUUCGCGCCGUGCUAAUUCUUCUUCUUCUUCUUCAUUUUUUCUUGUGUCUGUGUGAUUUUGCUCCCCUAUUCAAAAUAAGAAAAGAAAAAAAAGGAGUUUUGAAUGAAUAAGAAAUUUGAAAUUAGAUUUGGGGAGUUUUCGAAAUGAAAUGAAACGAAAUGACAAGUCAAGUCUCUUAUACAACAACUCGUUAGCACAUCAUCAUCUUCUUCUCCUUCUUCUUCUUUCCUGAUUUAUUUUUGCUCAUUUUGUUGAGAAGAGCCCUGCUGAGUAUGUUAAACCUAAUCUAAUUCAUCGCUUCGACAACUUCUUGACUUUCUCAUCAGAAAAUGGCCAAAAAAAUAAUAAUGAAAAAUAUGGAGAAAAAACGAUGGAGCAGAAAGAAAAGAGCACUGCAUGAAACUUCAAAAAUCUAGAACAAUUGCCAAGGAUCAGCGCCUAGAGAUCUUAAAGAUCUUAGUUCUCAAGUAACCGCGCCUAGACAGUAUAGUUCUUAAUUAGGCCUGAAGAACGUAAUUGUCUAGGACUCAAAUCUAGAGAUCCACUCUGGCAAGGAGCCGCGCCUUAUGAGCUUCUACACGAAGUAGCCCAUCCUACAGAGUUAAUUUGUCAAGAAGCUGCACCUAGAUUGCCGAGUAGUGCCGCAGUUUUCCCGAAGAUCUCAAAAAAUCUAACAUUUAUCAGAUUUAAAAAUUAA